AUGUCUAGAAAACGCAAGGAGCCCAAGAAAAUUGAGGAUAUGGAGGAGGUAGAGGAGACGGAAGAUGAGGAAUCUGAGAAAUCUGAGGAAGACGAGGAAGAUGGGAGCGAUGAGGGAAGUGAAGAAAACGAAGAAGAUGAGGAAGAUGAGGAAGAUGAGGUAGAGGAGGAAGUCGAGGAAAAAGACGAAGAUGGGAGCGAUGAGGGAAGUGAAGAGGGGGAAGGGGAGAAUGACGAUGAUGAGGAAGGCGAGGAAGCUGAUGACGAGGCGGAAGAUGGUGAAGAAGAAAAAGACAAGGAGGAGACAGUCAAUAUUCCUCCAAUGACUGAGGAUCAAAGAAAGAUAGCUGCAAAUUUUAAUCCCCGCGCACCAACUGCGAAAGAUGCCAUCUUCUUUUUCAUAAUUCUUGAUUGUAUCGAGACUCCACCAGAUAUCAAUUGGAAGCUUGUUGCUGAGCGCGCUGGAUGCUCCAAUGCUUACAUGGCCCGUUCUCGCUUUGGUCAAACUAGGACCAAAUUUCGGAAAUAUUUCGAGAUAGAUCCACAACCGCUCGUCCCUAAGAUUGUUGGAAUGCCUCCUCCAGAAGAAUAUAAGUAUCCUCCCGUACCCGAUUCUGAGAAGAAAAUCUUGACCGACCCGGCUUAUGACAGACCCGUCAGACGAAAGGCGGUCAGAGUUGGCAAUCUCCAAAAUAUUGACCCCAAGAAGCCCUCGAAGUUCAAACAAAAUCGCGGCCAAGGAUAUAUUCUUAACAGGAACGAUGAUACUGCAGCGACUUUAGUCGUUACUGCUAAUCACCGCCACGACUACGACUCCGAGAAUGAGUUUCAAAAUAAAGAAGAAUUCGACUUGAGCAGAUAUCAUGGAUUUGACGAAGAAAAUAACACCCUUACUGUCAGCGAUCAAGGCUCCGACAAUGAAAUUAAAGAGGCAGCCCCGGUGGUCUUAGAUGGAUUGUCACACAAUUUCUAG